AGGAUCUGCUGCGGUGAAGGAGAGGCUCGAAGUUGUCCUGAGGUCCGUACUAUGGAAGUGGGAUGAACCUUACCCACUCCAGCACAGGUUAGGUUCCCGAUUAGAGAUCAACAGACAGCACCACCAUGCCCUGGGAGGGUCUCAUUUCUCAGUCCGCCAUGGUUACCAUGGUGAUAUGAAGCCAGUGUGAAGCACUGACACACACAGACUCACACACAAAAGGGUCAGUUAUUGACUGACACAGCCAGCCAGCCAGAUUGGCGGGCAGGCUUGUGUAAUGGACAGGUGUAAGCAUGUGGGGCGGCUGCGGCUGGCCCCGGACCACUCCAUCCUUAACCCCCAGAAGUGGCACUGCGUCGACUGCAACACCACCGAGUCCAUAUGGGCCUGCCUCGGCUGUGCCCACGUGGCGUGUGGCCGCUACAUCGAGGAGCAUGCUCUGCAGCACUUCCAGCAGCAGGGCCACCCGCUGGCGAUGGAGGUUAAUGAACUUUAUGUUUUUUGUUAUUUGUGUGAUGACUAUGUACUGAACGAUAAUGCCACCGGAGACCUCAAGCUGCUUCGCAGUACGCUCAGCGCCAUCCAGAGCCAGCGCUAUGAGGUCACCACCCGCAGUGGGCGCACCCUACGCUCUGCUAGCGCCACUGUGGAUGCCCUCAUGCCAUCCGGUGCCCGUGAGUUGCAGCUGAGGGACGAGGAUAGAAUGUUUACUGCUCUCUGGCACCGCCGCAGAGCACUUAUGGGACGCAUCUUUCGCUUUUGGUUUGGCCUGACUGAAUGCGGAAAAAGGAGAGCGGAGGAAGAGAGGAGGAGGGAGGAAGAGGAGCAGCAGAAGAGGGAGGCCAGGGAGAGGAGGAGGGCUCUAAAGAGGCAGCUACAGGAGGAGCUGGAGAACGCUCCUCUGAGAAAGAGUCGUCGCUUGCGUCAGAAAAGCCAGCGACUUGGUGAUCCGGCGACCAGAACUCCAAUUUCUCACAGGGCACGCAACAAGGUGAAAACUCCAGCGCGCCCAUCACUCACACGCAGGCAACGGACUCGAAGCCCUGCUGCUGUAACCCCCAAGAAAGCUGGACAAACAAAAAAGGUCCAAGCAACCCCCAAAGCCCGGAGCCGUUCUUCAACUACCAAAUCUAAGCCCAGAGCGGCCUCAGCGACCCCACGCACUGCCCAAACCCCUGUCUGCCGAAAGCAAAGCACCAAACAGGACGGCUCACCCUUUAAGCGGCGUCCUACAGUCCCUCCUGGAGUGACUGGAUUAAGGAAUUUGGGAAACACUUGUUAUAUGAACUCCAUCCUGCAGGUGUUGAGUCACCUGCAUGUUUUCAGGGAGUGCUUCCUGCGUCUGGAUCUGACCCAGGCACUGGAGCUACUGGCAUCUGCCGUCCAUGGCCAACUGGCAGGAAAGGUCUCAUCACAGCCCCCCCUGGUCCAAAGGAAGGGAUUCCAGACCAGCUCAGGCUCUGGGAUAGGGCUGAGCGGCGGGGCAUCACGGGCUCGCAGCAUGGAGCUGAUACAACCCAAAGAGCCCAGCUCGAAGCACAUCUCACUCUGCCAUGAGCUGCACACCUUGUUCCAGGUCAUGUGGUCUGGCAAGUGGGCGCUGGUAUCGCCUUUUGCCAUGCUGCACUCGGUGUGGCAGCUGAUCCCGGCGUUCAGGGGCUACGCUCAGCAGGAUGCACAGGAGUUCCUGUGUGAGCUGCUGGAUAAGGUGCAGCACGAGCUGGAAAGCACCGGCAAGCACACGACCACUGCCGGGGUCCCUCAAACGCAGAAACGGCUCAUCAAGCAGGUGCUCAGCGUGGUCAACACCAUCUUUCAUGGCCAGCUCCUCAGCCAGGUAACGUGCCUGGCCUGCGACCAUCGCUCCAACACUGUGGAGCCUUUCUGGGAUCUGUCGUUGGAGUUCCCGGAGCGGUAUCACAGUAAUAGCAGGGAGUCGGCCGCUCAGGCUUCGUGCCAUUUGACGGAAAUGUUGGCCAAGUUUACAGAGACUGAAGCUCUGGAGGGAAACAUCUACGCCUGUGACCAGUGUAACUCUGCCAGAAGGCGGACUUUGUCCAAACCGGUCAUCCUGACUGAAGCACAGAAACAGCUGAUGGUUCACAAACUGCCUCAGGUCCUCCGACUCCACCUCAAACGCUUCAGGUGGUCCGGGCGGAACCACCGGGAAAAAAUCGGAGUCCACGUCAGCUUCGACCAGGUCCUCAACAUGGAGCCCUACUGCUGCCGAGAGCCCUCACCCAAAGGCGUGCCCUGCUCCAAUACCAGCAGCCCCAGCGCCGCAGGCUCGCCGCGCCCAAAGCACUUCCUCUACGAGCUCUCGGCUGUGGUGAUGCAUCAUGGGAAGGGUUUUGGCUCUGGCCACUACACUGCAUACUGCUACAACACAGAAGGAGGCUUCUGGGUUCACUGUAAUGACUCUAAGCUGAACGUGUGCUCGGUGGAGGAGGUGUGCCGCGCUCAGGCUUACAUCCUCUUCUACACACAGCGAGUAUCUCAGGACAGAGACCGGCCGCUAUAGGACCACACGCCUCCGUGAACCCCACCGCCGCCUGCUCGUCAUCCUCCGCUUUAGCCUGACCACUCAGCGAGGUGACAUCAGCACAGCCCUACCUAUCCCUCUUUCUGUUCCCUCUCUUUCUUUGGGCAUUUUAUAUCCUGGGUGGAUGGGUCUUUUUAGUCUAUUUUUCUAUUAAAAAAAAAAAAAGAGAGAGAGAGGAAGGACGUGUUUGUAAAGUCGGGUUCUGCUUUGUGAUCUUCUUGUAUAUUGUGUUUAUAUGUAGGUAUUUUUUAAAAAUGAUGUUUGUGAUUUAUGUACAGUUGUAUUUUAUAAAGAUGAGAGUAUCAGUCAGUCAAGGUGUGUGUCUGUGUCAAGCAGCCAGCAGACUUUGGCCAGGCAUGACUACAUACAUACGUACAGGUGUCCUCUACAGGUUUGCCUACCUACCUGUACGUGGGGCUUGUUGAUUGUAAAUGCUGUUUGUUUGUUUUUGUUUUGUUUUUUAAUAAUUCAGCUGAAAUGUUUCUCAGUCACUUUAGAUAGUCAACACAGAACUGGAUGUAGGGUUGUAAAAUGUCAUUCACUCAGUAGAAAUGGCCUCCCUGUGCGUGAGACAGGUAAAAGUUUUUGUAGGUGUUUCUCCCAUUUUCCUGCCACAAAUGCACUUAAGUGUACAGAACAGGUUGCACGUGUUGGUGUCGGUUGGUUGUUAAAAAUCUGCACACAAGCAGUUUGUUUUUCCACUGUGAGGCAGACCUCAAGCUGAAGCCUUUGGAGGAAGUGUUUGGAAAAAAAACUGCUUUUCCGAAACGGUUCAGUGUUUUUUUGUUUUGUUUUUUUAUAUUCCUGCUUUUACUGAUGGCUGCAAACAAAAUGUGACAGGCCUGCAUUAAGCUAAAGAUCAGAAGACUUUAGGAGAAUAAAGUCAAAAUAUUGUGAAUGAUAGUGAAAAACUAUUUCAGAAUCAUUUUUGGAGUACUAGUUGAAAUAAAGUCGAAACAUAUAUUGCAGGAAAAUCUAAAUUCUAUUCCUGAAAUUAAGUCAUUAAGUUUUGAGAAUAAAGAUGAAAUUUUGAAAGGAAAUUUGGAAUACUGUUUGAAGAGUAAAGUUUGACUUUGGGAAUAAAGUCAGCACAGUAUUCCAAAGGUACUACUAAUCUGAAAAUGAAGUCGGUAUUCUAUUCUGGAAGUGAAGUCGUAGUUUUGACAUGAAAUUCAGCAUUUGAAGAAAUUUAGGUUACUGUUUUAAAAGUAAAGUCAAAAUACUAGUUUAACAACAGCAAUUAAAAUACUAUUCCAGGGAAUACAGUGGAAAAUCAUCUCCAGAUAUUCUGAGAGCCGAGUCAAAAUUUUGAUAACAGUUAAAGGUGUUAAAAGUUCCACAUCCAGAUAUUAUUCCCAGAGUUCACAUGCGGUUAUUCUCAACAUUUUGACUUUAUUUCCAAAAUCUCAGCUUUAUUUUCAAGAUGCCAAAUGAAAUAAACCCUCUCAUUUGAUUUCUUAGUGGUCGGGAUCGCCUUCAUAGAGGGUGGAUGUGGUUUAGGCUCAGCGCUGCCACCUGUCUGCCUCAGAAUGUAACUGCAGAGCGUAAACCAUCCCCGACCAGGCAGAUACUGCUCUUCUAGAAAAGUGCCCUUUUUUUUAAACAAAUAACCUAUUUUUAUAGUUCAUAUCAAUUCAGCAAAGUGGGAAUCCCACACAGACCAGCAUUUUUAGAUUAUGAAUGUAUUUUUUUAUACAAUUCUCAGAGAUUUUACAAAGGAGGCCAUUGACUGUUUUAAAGUUUUUAAAGUUUUAAAUGUUUUACUCAACCACUUUGUUCUGAUUGUUGAAAACCACCAGCAGUUAAUGACAGAUUUCACUGUUCAGUUAUGUUCUUUCUGAUGACCUGACUUGAGGGGAGUUAAAGCACACGUCAUUCAUCUGGGUUUUUAUUCACUGUCCACAGUUCUAUAAUGUGUUAUCAUUUUGGUUACUGCUCCAUGAAUGCGCCGUGUGUAAAUUAAUGGAAGUUAUACUAUGCAAAUUGUUACCUCAACUUUUUUUUUUCUAGAAAAAAA